AUGAAGUCUGAUUUCAAGUUCUCCAACCUAUUGGGGACGGUCUACAGACAGGGGAACCUUGUGUUCACCAGUGAUGGGAAAAAAUUGCUCUCUCCAGUAGGAAACAGAGUUUCUUGUUUCGACUUGGUCAGUAGUAAGUCAUUCACUUUCAAUUAUGAACACAGAAAGAAUGUGGCCCGUAUUGCCCUUAAUAAACAAGGUACUCUUCUUCUCAGUGUUGACGAGGAUGGACGUGCCAUCUUGGUGAAUUUUAUCUCUCGAAUAGUCCUUCAUCACUUCAAUUUCAAAGACGCAGUCAAUGACCUUCAAUUUAGUCCCGAUGGUCAAUAUUUUGCCAUUGCAGCAGGAAGAUUUAUACAAGUUUGGAAGACUCCAGACUUCACGGAAGACCGUCAAUUUGCCCCCUUUGUUCGUCACAGAAUAUACUCGGGUCAUUACAAUGAUGUCCUUUCUGUCACAUGGUCAAAUGAUCUGAGAUUCUUUGUUUCUACUUCAAAAGAUAUGACUUCCAAGAUUUUCUCUAUACUGUCCAGUGAAAAGGAUGUAGCCAUGACAUUGGCCGGUCAUCGUGAUUACGUCGUUAAGGCUUUUUUCAACGAAACCCAAGAAAUUAUAUACACAGUGAGUAAAGAUGGUGCCUUAUUCCAAUGGGAAUACACCGAAAGACCAAAUGAAGAUCUGGAUGAAGAAAGUGAAGAUGAAGAAGAUGCUGUAGCUAAGCCAAUGAGCUGGAGAAUAACUGCCAAGAAUUUCUUCAAGGCUGACUCCAAUGUUAAAUGUGCCACCUUCCACAGUAAGUCCAACUUGUUGAUUGUUGGGUUCAAUAACGGUGAGUUCAGACUUUAUGAAUUGCCCGAAUUCAAUUUAAUCCAACUGUUGUCCAUGGGUCAGAACUCAGUCAAUACCGUCAACGUUAAUUCUACCGGUGAAUGGCUUGCGUUUGGCUCAUCCAAACUUGGCCAACUUUUGGUAUAUGAAUGGCAAUCUGAAUCUUAUGUUUUGAAGCAACAAGGACAUUUUGACUCCAUGAACAGUUUAUGUUACUCCCCUGAUGGUUCCAGAAUCGUUACAGCUUCCGAUGACGGGAAGAUUAAAGUUUGGGACGUUGUUUCCGGUUUUUGCCUUGUCACGUUUAGUGAACAUACCUCAUCUGUCACUGCAGUUCAAUUUGCCAAGAGAGGACAAGUAUUAUUCAGUGCUUCCCUUGAUGGUACGGUGCGUGCUUGGGAUAUGAUCAGAUUCAGAAACUUCAGAACAUUCACUGCAACUGAAAGAAUUCAAUUCAAUUCCUUGGCUGUUGAUCCAAGUGGAGAAAUUGUAGUUGCUGGUUCUCAAGAUACAUUUGAAAUUCAAAUUUGGUCUGUACAAACCGCACAACUCUUGGAUACUUUAUCUGGGCAUGAAGGACCAAUCUCUUGUUUAAGUUUUGGUAAUGAAAACGGUUCAGUAUUGGCAUCUGCCUCUUGGGAUAAGACCAUUAGAAUCUGGAAUAUCUUUGGAAGAUCACAACAAUGUGAACCAAUUGAAAUUCACUCUGAUGUCUUGAGUAUAUGUAUGAGACCUGAUGCUAAGGAGAUUGCUGUUUCCACUUUAGAUGGUCACAUUAGUAUCUGGGAUGUCGAAGAUGCUAAACAAUUACAUUUGAUUGAUGGAAAGAAAGAUAUUUUGGGUGGAAGAUUUUUGGAAGAUAGAUUCACUGCCAAGAACUCUGCCAGAUCUAAAUAUUUCACCACUUUGGCCUACUCCUUUGAUGGGGAAGCACUUGUGGCUGCUGGUAAUAACAAUUCUAUCUGUAUGUAUGAUAUUGCCAAUGAAGUCUUGUUGAAGAAGUUUAUUGUUUCUCUUAACAUGCAAUUGAACGGUACCAUGGCUAUGCUUAACAGUAAGAGACUUACUGAUGGUGGAUCGCUUGAUUUAAUUGAUAGAGAUGGUGAAAAUUCUGAUUUAGAAGAUAGAUUAGAUUUAUCCUUACCAGGAUCUCAUAAGGGUGACCCUAGUUUGAGGAAUGUGAGACCAGAAGUUAGAGUCACUAGUAUUCUGUUUUCUCCAACUGCAGCUGCGUUUGCUGCUGCUUCCACUGAGGGAUUACUUGUAUAUUCUGUUGAUGAAACAAUUAAUUUCGAUCCAUUUGAUUUGGAUGUUGAUAUUACCCCUGAAGCUACUUUGCAAACAUUACAAGAAAAGGAAUAUCUUACUGCCUUGGUUAUGGCAUUCAGAUUGAAUGAAGAAUAUCUUAUUCAUAAGGUAUAUGAAACAGUUCCAGUUAAGGAUAUAAAACUUGUAACUAAUGAUUUGCCUACAGUUUACUUGGACCGUAUGCUUACAUUCAUUGGGAAACUUGUCACUGAUAGUGCACACUUGGAAUUCAAUUUGAUUUGGAUUCAAAACUUGAUUACUAGUCAUGGGAAAUAUAUAAAUGCUCAUAAACAUGAAUUCUCCAGUUCUUUGAAGGCAAUCCAAAGAUUUUUAGCUAAAUUAGCUAAGGAUGUGGUGGCUGUUUCCAAGAAGAAUGGAUACUUGCACUCUUUCCUCACUCAUAAGGUGGAGGAAGAAGAAAGAAUUAUAGAGACUAUACAAGAAAAUGAAAGCGAUAAUGAGGAUGAAGAAGAUGUUUCUAUGGAUGAAGAUGAUGAUGAAGAAGGAUGGAUGGGAGCAGCUGUCAAGAAGAGCACAGAUGCUUUCAGUGAAUCCGAUGAUGAUAUGGAGGAUGAAAGCGAUUAG